AUGAACCCACCAUCAAAUCCCACUCCUCAACCCCCAAUCCAAAGCGUCAUCCCCUCUCAACCUCAACCCAAUCCUAAGGGAGGCAUCAAUGCCAUCACCCUAAGAUCCGGAACACAAUUAAAAGAGAAGGGAGCAAAGGAUUCAAAUCCCAUCCCAACCGCUCAAGGGGAGGAGGGAAUAGAUAUAGAAGAGGUAGUGGAAAAGGAGACACCACAAGUCAUAGUUGAGGAUGAAGAAGCUCAACCAACAAAAGAGACCCCCAAGACUAAGAGAACCUUGGAAGAAGAAAUUGCUCAACCACUCCCAUUUCCAACACUUGCAAAGAAAGCUAAGAAGCGCAUAGAGCUCGAUCCCAAAAUGAUAGAAAUGUUCAAGAAAGUUGAGGUAACCAUCCCCCUCUUUGAUGCUAUCCAUCAAGUUCCUAGAUAUGUAAAAUUCCUUAAAGAUCUAUGCAUGAGCAAGGAUAGAAUUCUUGAAUUGGAAACCAUUCCAUUGGGGAGUUCUAUUUUCGCUUUAAUGGGAGCAUUGCCCGAGAAGUGUGAUGACCCGGGCCCUUGUAUGGUCACUUGCACCGUCAAUGGAGUUCGAUCCCUAGAUUGUAUGUGUGAUCUCGGUGCAUGUGUUAGCAUUAUGCCGCUCUCCGUCUACCAAGUAUUGAAGUUACCACCACUAAAGAGGUCGGCGGCGAGAUUUGUCCUAGCGGAUAAAAGCAUAAUAACCGUAGCGGGUGUGGCGGAAGAUGUAUUGGUGAAUAUCAAAGGGUUGGUGUUUCCGAUUGACUUCUAUGUCCUUGAGAUGCCAUCAAAUGAACCUGAGAGAGCAUCAUCUAUCUUACUUGGAAGACCAUUUUUGAGAACUUCUAGAUUUAAGCUAGAUGCCUACUCGGGAACCUACUCAUUUGAGAUAGAUGGGAGAGUCGUGAGUUUUAGCCUAGAAGAAGCAAUGAAGCAUCCACCGGAGAAUCACUCUCUAUUCCGGUGUGACCCAAUCGACAACAUUGUUGCCGAAGUGCACCUUGCAAAAGUUGGAUGA